GUCGGGCAUCCAUCUCGCUUCCCUUUCCACCUUUAAUUCCCCUCUUCUCGCGGCGUGUGGAGACUAUUGGCCGCUGCCUCUUUAAGGGCCGCCACUCCUCCCCCCCUCCCAAGCGGUGGCACCAAGUGGUGGUGGUGGGGAGCUGAGCCUUCUCUCCUAGUCAACUAGGGAAGAUGGCCCAGGUCGGGGGAAUCGCUUCCACGCCCUGUUACCCCCUCCCCUGAGUCGGCUGAGCUGGGGGCACCCUUCCUUUUUUCCCUCCCACCCAUGCGCGACGUGGGAAUGGCUCCGUGGCCUGACUGGAACAGCUCUCUGGCCUCGUGGCCAGAUGCCCUCACCCUGGCGCCCAAUACUGCCAACACGAGUGGGCUGCCAGGGGUGCCGUGGGCGGUGGCUUUGGCGGGGGCGCUGUUGGCGCUGGCGGUACUGGCCACCGUGGGAGGGAACCUGCUGGUAAUCGUGGCGAUCGCCCGGACCCCGAGACUCCAGACCAUGACCAACGUGUUCGUGACUUCUCUGGCCACAGCUGACCUGGUGGUAGGACUCCUGGUAGUGCCGCCGGGAGCCACCGUGGCGCUGACUGGUCACUGGCCCCUAGGUGCCACUGGUUGCGAGCUGUGGACCUCAGUGGACGUGCUGUGCGUGACCGCCAGCAUCGAAACUCUAUGCACCCUGGCUGUGGACCGCUACCUGGCGGUGACCAACCCGCUGCGCUACAGCGCGCUGGUCACCAAACGCCGCGCCCGGGCCGCCGUGGUCCUCGUGUGGGUCGUGUCCGCCGCGGUGUCGUUUGCGCCCAUCAUGAGCAAAUGGUGGCGCGUGGGGGCCGAUGCCGAGGCGCAGCGUUGCCAUUCCAAUCCGCGCUGCUGCGCCUUCGCCACCAACAUGCCCUACGCGCUGCUCUCGUCUUCGGUCUCCUUCUACCUUCCGCUGCUUGUGAUGCUUUUCGUCUACGCGCGAGUUUUCGUCGUGGCUACGCGCCAGCUGCGCUUGCUGCGCCGGGAGCUGGGCCGCUUCCCGCCAGAGGAGUCCCCGCCGGCUCUGUCCCGCUGUCUGUCCUCCUCUCCCGCGGGGCCGUGCGCUCCUCCCGCAGGGCUGCCCUCCUACGGCCGGCAGCCGGCGCGCCUUCUGCCUCUCCGGGAACACCGGGCCCUGCGCACUUUGGGUCUCAUCAUGGGUACCUUCACGCUUUGCUGGUUGCCCUUCUUUGUGGCCAACGUGAUGCGUGCCCUCGGGGGCCCCUCUUUGGUUCCCAAUCGGGCUUUCCUCGCCCUUAACUGGCUAGGCUACGCUAAUUCUGCCUUCAACCCGCUCAUCUACUGUCGCAGCCCUGACUUCCGCAGCGCCUUCCGCCGUCUGCUGUGCCGCUGCCGGCCAGAGGAGCACCUCGCCGCGGUCCCCGCGUCCCGCCGCCCUUCCGGCACCCCUGCGGCCCUGACCAGCCCCGCGGAGUCCAGGCAGUGCUCACCGCUCGACCGGGGAAUGAGGAUGACUGGGAUGGCUGACUCCUAAAGUUCUGUGAAGUCCUAGGCGGAGCUUAGCACCUUCAGCAUCCACUCCACCCAGGGCACAAGCAGUGCUAGGCGCCCCCGAUGGCCAUGAGAGGUACAGCAACUGUGGACUUGGCAAUGCUGGUCUGCUGACUACUCUGGCAGAGAGACGUGCAGUUUUCUUACCGCUAUGGACCUUCAGAACUGGAAGAGACCAGAAAAAUGAUUUUGUCCAAUCCUUUGAUAAAAUGGAUGAAGAAACUAACGUCUAGAGAGGUGAAUCGUGAGUAGCCAAGAUUACUUUAGUAAGUGAAAGGCAACCCUGUGGUUGGUAGUAUGAAGAGCACAAAAUUUGGAGCUGAGAAACAAGUAAGAAAGGGAGGAGGGGACUGAUCAUUUAUUGAGCACCAAUAAAUAUGACUGUAAGAAGUGCUCCACAAAUGUUAUGCUGUAGUGAGCCAAAUAAAAAAAUAGAGCCUUAUAGAAAUCAAAUAACUUUCUUGUGUUGAUUCUGAUUCAGUCUACCAGGCACCAACGUUCAUUUUGUUUACUCACUGAGGAAAGUUGCCCAGUCAGUCUUAGGCAGAGAAAAAAGAUGAUUUUGUGGGGGAGGGAGAUUCUGGUUUGUAGAAUAAUCUGCUAAUAAUCAGUUAUGUGACACCGAGGAAGUUCCUUAGCGUCUCUGACAUCUUGUUUACCUGCAAAUCAAAAUGGAGAUUUUAUUAUUUUGUUAUUGUCCUACUCAGCUCACGCAGACUGGGUUUGAAGACCAAAUGAGAGACUGUAUGUAAAAAUGGUUUGGAAACUGAAAGGGCUCCGCCAGUAUAAGUGAUGUCAUUAGAGUAUGGAGCUUGGACUAUUCCCAAGUUUCCUGGUUUGAAUCCUUGUAUGGUUCUGCUUCUAUCGACAGCCUGGAUCUUGGGCCCAUUUGUCUUUGGUCACUGUGGGCAUGACCUACCUGGUCUUUCUUCCGCAGGUUCCUCCCCACCUCAGACUGAUUCUUCUGGUUCCACAUCCAGUCCCCUCCCCGUACAUCUCCCCCUCUGGCUCUCUUUUCAUGUUGUGAGGAUGGACAGAAAGUUUAGGAGAGAGGACACUUCCAGAUGUCAGUGCUUUAUGGGACAUUAUAGUAGGGGCUUGUGAGAAGGGGGCCCUAAGGAACCAGAGAAGGGAGAUGGUGUACUAGUUUACUAGGGCUGCCAUAACAGAAAUGUAUUCUCUCACAGUUCUAGAACUAGAAGUCCAAAGGCAAGGUGUUGGCAGGAUCAUGCUCUUUCUGAAGGCUCUAGGAGAAGAAUCUUUCUUUGCCUCUUGUGGCUUCUGGUGUUUGCGAUCACCCUUGGUUGCUUGGCUUGUAGCUGCAUCACUGUAACUUCUGCCUCCAUCUUCACAUGGCCUUCUUCCCAUGUGUGUCUGUGUCAAAAUUUACCUCUUCUUCUAAGGACACCAGUCAUUGGAUCAGGGCUUCACUUAACUCAGUAUGACUUCAUUUUAACUUGAUUACAUCUACAAAGUCCCUAUUUCCAAAUAAGGUCACAUUCACAAGUUCUGGCGUUAGGACUUCAACAUAUCUUU